AUGGAAGAGGAUAGAGUCAUCAAUCACCUACAUACAAUUGCAGACAGCGGAGACAUUCUUGCCGUAAAAUGAAACCCUGAUGAUUCUCAUUUAGCAACUGCUUGUGCUGAUGGGACUGUCAAAAUUUAUGCAAGUUCAAGUGGAAAUUUCAUUAGGACUUUGAACUGUCGACUAACUGCAGAUCCAAUGCCAGUUACAGCACUGCAAUGGAGACCACCUACUUCUCAGACCAAAACAAAAAAUGUCCUAGUUGCGACCACAGCUGAUGGAGGAGUCCUCCAUUGGCACGCCACUUCUGGGAAAAUUCUGCAUACGAUCAGAUUUGAUCAAGAAAAUCAAGUAUUCUGCGUGGAUUAUGACCUUGAAGGCAAAUAUUUUGCAGUUGGCAGCAAAGAUAUGAGUGUAAGAGUUUAUGAUGAGUCUACUAACUCCCCCCCCUCCGUGAGUGAACAAAACUAUUAGAAAAAUCCCUAUUUUUUGCCCAAAAGCCACCCUCCGUGAGUGAACAAAAAUUUUUUUAAUAGAAAAAAUUUUGAUAUAUAAGUGAUAAUUAGUAUAAUGAAAUCUAGAGCUAAUUCUGUUUAAUUUUAAACAAAUUGCUUUUUAAAACAUAAAUUUUAUAAAUUAAAUUAAUAUUUGCUUUCCAAUUUUUUGCGAAUUAGAUUUUUUAAAUUUCGAAAAAAAAAUAUUUUUUAUAAAUUGUUUUAAAAAAAAUUUAACCCCCUCCGUGAGUGAACAAAAUUUUUUGUUCACUCACGGAGCGGGGGGGAGUAAAACUAUUAUUGCCGAAAUGCAGCCUGGAUGGGGAGAUGUGAUUGGGCAUGGUUAGGCUUUGUUAAUUAAAGUAAUGAAUUAGCCAUAUUGGCGACAUAGUCAGCUUUUUGACUCUAGUCCAAAGGGUCUAUCAUCCAAAACGGGUGCUACUUCCGGUACCUUCUGCCUCAUCCUUGUCUUGGGCUUCAGUCUUUAGUGUUUAUUGGUUUUUGCGACUCUGCGACAGGCGAUUGGGAGCAGUUUGACUCCAAGAAUUAGUUCCUUAGAGUCUGUCGGGUGUUGAAGUGUCUUCAUUCAACAGCUGCAGGCAAAAGACUGCUCCCUGAGGCCUGGACCCAAAAAUCCAAUUUUUUGUAGAGGAAUGGCAAUGGGUCUUUGGAUUCAAAGGACGUUGUCGGGUACCUCCAUUUCCAACCACAGGAAAGUAGCCAAACCUACCCAGAUGCACAUUAACUGAAGCUGCAUUUGAUUCUUAACUCGUAGUCUUUCCUAUUUUGCCGUGACAAAAAAGUCUGUGCUGUUGAACCAAGAGGGCAGGCUGACAUGUGUCACCAUUUUUAAAUGUAUUUUGGUUGGGCAUGGAAAUAGGAUUUUUUCAGUUAAGUGGAGAGAUGAAAACACUAUUAUUAGCGCGGGAUGGGAUAAUAAUAUCAUUAUUUGGGAUGUCAGAGCACAGCGAGCUGUCCGAGCAAUAUUUGGGCCUCAUAUAUGUGGCGAUUCCAUGGAUAUAUGUGAAAAUAAACUUCUAACUGGAAGUUACAAUAUAAAAGAUCAGCUUCAGCUAUGAGAUUUAAACACUGGCCACAAUAUUUUUACUCAAACUGUAGUUUCCAAUAGUAGACCAUGUCUAAUUUAUACAGCGCAAUUCAGUAAAUCAGAUAUGGGAACGAUUAUUGCAGCAGGUGGAUCUGGAAGCGAUGAAGCUUAUUUUUAUGACUCUGAAACACUGAGACCUUUUGGAAUUUUAUCAAAUCUGACUCAUGCUGUUUAUUCCAUAGACUUUGCUCACACAUCUAAUAAGUUGGCGGUUGCAAGCGGGGAUGGCUCAAUUAGGGUAUUCGAGAUUGCUAAAAAUAGACAGGAUUAA